CGUAAACUCUCGUGAGAUCUUCUCUCAGUCUCUCCGUGUCCUAAAUCGGCUGGUGUCAACUCGCAAGGACUCUAGAUUUCUAGACUUUUUCUCAGCUAUAUAACCUUGUUUCUCAAGGCUUUCAGUGUUUUACCUCAGUGGAUUGUUUCACACCAAGGACUCACAGCUUUCUGGAUUGUGAUUGGCUAGACGAAGCAAAACAUUGAAUCAUGGGGAAUAUUUUUGGCAAUCUGCUGAAGAGUCUGAUAGGGAAGAAAGAGAUGAGAAUUCUGAUGGUUGGAUUAGAUGCUGCUGGUAAAACCACCAUCCUUUACAAACUGAAGCUGGGAGAGAUCGUGACCACCAUCCCAACCAUUGGCUUUAACGUGGAGACAGUGGAGUACAAGAACAUCAGCUUCACUGUGUGGGAUGUGGGUGGUCAGGAUAAAAUCAGACCACUCUGGAGACACUACUUUCAAAAUACACAGGGUCUUAUCUUCGUGGUUGACAGCAACGAUCGGGAGAGAGUUAACGAGGCGCGGGAGGAGUUAAUGAGGAUGCUUGCAGAAGACGAACUGCGUGAUGCUGUCCUUCUUGUCUUCGCAAACAAACAGGAUCUGCCAAACGCUAUGAAUGCAGCUGAGAUCACAGACAAGCUCGGCCUCCAUUCGCUCCGCCAUCGCAACUGGUAUAUACAAGCGCCCUGCGCGACCAGCGGCGACGGUCUGUACGAAGGGCUCGACUGGCUCGCCAAUCAGCUCAAGAAUAAGAAGUGAGGUCGCGGGAUUUUCUUUACGUGGGCCGUCUCUCGCUUUGGGAAAGGGGUGGGACUAAUUUGGCCUUUAUGUUUGGUUUUUCUUUGUUUAUUUUUUUGGUUGUAUUCUGGAAAACACAGUAUGUGGUUUAAAGAGCCUUCUAUGCUCUGCACACGCAUUCACACGCAGAUCAACAUGCAUCUAAUUUCCUCUGUUGACUUUUCCAUUUCACUGUACGAACAGUAUCGGUUUAUAGCAUCGACGUUUGGUCGAUUUCAUCGUCUCUCCCUCACUCACUCACUAACGUGUUUACAAUCAGUGAUCAGUGUUGUCCUUGACUGCCAUGAAGAAGAUUGUCGGGUCUGGGCAUGCUCAUGUAUUAUGUAAUAUGCUUAUGUAUUUCUCAGUAGAUGUGAUUAUGAUGCAGUUUGCCUCCUCACGCACACAAUAUCCACAGUCUGCGAUCCCGGCGGUUUGUGAUUGCGUUAGAUACCCUGCUGUGUUUUGCAUGGCUGUUUCUCUCUGUGUCGUGUUAAGCGUUGUGGUGUAGUAGAGGUUAGAUCUGCAUGUGUGUGUUUGUUUGGUCACACGGAGCUGGUUGGUGUUGCAUGCUGCUUUGUGGCCGUGCUGUACUAGAAUGGACGCAGUACAAAUGUUCCUUGUCACACAUCCCUCACCUAAAUUGUGAGUCAAGCGUGGUGCUGUUGGGUAGUCCACCAUAAUUCGCAUUCGGGUGAAGCUGUAAAUAAAGCUUUUUCCAAUCAAACGCCCCUUUGUUGUAGAAUUGACUUGGCUAAUUGUUGCAUGGGUAAAACUAUUGUUUUGUAAGAAUCACUAGCAUUGUCUGCAUGGCAUGCAUGAUAGAUGGAUAGAUAGAUAGAUAGAUAGAUAGAUAGAUAGAUAGAUAGAUAGAUAGUGAAAUGCUGUUUAACACAGUCUUUUGUUAGUUGCUAUACUAAUUUACCACUGACAUUAGUCGAUUAGUAGAUUGUUAUGACACUAAACUGUGCUAUUUUUGCUUUUGCACUCAUAUUAGUGAACAGCAUAAAAACAGCACAACCAAAGCCUCGGUAUGUCAGUGGUCUGUGGCAAACUGCAUAAUAACUCGUCUACUUCUGUGUUUGUCGCAUGUUUCAUGCUCAUAAUGCGUUUUGUGGGUUCAGACUAACAUAUCACCCCCAACGAAUGUGACUUUUGUUGAAUUAGUGCACACAUUUUGACUUUUGAUUAGUAUGGUUCAGAAAUGAGAUAAUAUAUAGAUAUACUGUAUAUAUAUUUAUAGUAGGUUGUCUUUUGUGUUUAACACUUCAGGCAAAUAUCACAGAUGCAGCGCUGAUGUAUAAUUCAUAGUACUAACAUAAUCUAUAUGUGUUACAGACUACAAGCACAAAUGGAAAAUCAAAUUCUAACCUAUUUUUACCAUACUAGCUAGUGUAAAUACAACAAGACUGCUUAUCCUGCAUUGCAUAUGUGUUGGUUAUCCAUCCUUCACACAAAUCUAACACUAACACAGUCUGUUUGUAAUUGUAUUUGUUUCUGCGAAUAGCACUGUUUUCUAGUUUGCAUAUUAGCUACACAUUUUUGGCAUCUUCCCACUUACUACCCAGCACCUUUACACUAAAACCCACUGUUAUGACUCUUAUGACUGUAUGAACAUUUUAAAAAGACAAGUCUUUUCAACCUAGGACAUGAUUUGAGUCUUGUAUUAUUUUGAGUGCUGUAGCGUGUGGGUGAUGCAGGAAUGGGAGAGUUACCAAAACAACUGUGCUAUUUAGCAAGACACUUAACCUCAAAGUAUCCAGUUUGGCUUUGGACACACUCUACAGUAGUAUUUCAGCAUAUAAUGCAAACAACGAUAUGUCUAACAAGGCCAUUUCUACACAAGUCUGCAGUGUGAAUCGUCCAGUCUGUUAAGUUUUGUGGCCUUAUCUUCUUACAAAUGUGUUUUCACAAGGUUAUUUAUGAACUAAGUUAUUGGGUCACUAAGUUGCUUGUUUCGUUUUUGGUUGAUCUGGGAACAAAAGGGGUUAAAAAAAAUCUCAAAUACAUAGUUUGCUUGACUUCAGAGCAUUUAUUCUUUGCAUUUAUUCUUUGCAUUAAAUUGUUUGUGUGCUUACUGAGUAGCUAGGGUUGACUUUUUAGGAUGGUUUAAAGUUUGAUUUUGUCUUCUUAUACAUCAUAUUUUUAUUUA